AUGUCGAUGCCCUAUCGCGAUUUCUUCGAAAACCCCCUUCCCGAAGCUCGUGAAUCAAAAAAUGUUUUGAAAAAGUACUGGAAAGCAAUCUUGUUCGGCUUAAUGGGUUUUCUCAUAAUAUGCCUCAUUGCUUUCCUGAUCUUGUUUCUUGUUCUCUUGAAACCAACUGACAGUAUAACAAGUAGUACGGUACUGCCAAUAAGUGGGACCACAAAAAAUUCAAAUGCAACAACUGAAAGUUUUGUGACAAAUGAAGUAAGCUCUACAUUGACCGAAGGAGAAACUUUAUCUGUCACUACUCCUUCACCGAUUGUUAUCAACGUUACCUCCAAGCCACAUCCGAUUCCUGUUUUAAAUGUUUCUACCACAAUUAUACCGGCUGACUAUUCUACUACAUUCAGAUCUCCAACUACCAAUAGACUGAUUACUGUGCUAACCUCUGCACAAUCAACAGUCACAGAACCUUCUACACCAAAGCCUACAUCAUCCGCACUUGGGUCUAGUUAUGCUAUGAGUACUUCUGGAACCACAAAACAUUUAACCGCAUCACCUGCAAUCGUCACUGUACCAGAACAAUCUACAACUUUUGGCUCAACUAAAGUAGAUCUGACAACCACUACGACUCUGGGAGAUUCAACUACAUCAAAACCUUUGACUACUGAAUCUAUUCCAACGACACCUUCAACUACACCGGAAUAUGCGAGUAGCAGCACUCAAGAAACUACAUUGAGCUCAACGACACUUAGUACAUCAGAGUUAACUACACCUCGAAGUACGAAAACUGCUACAGUAUCAGAACCAUCCUCAUCAACUGUUGCUUCUACUGAAACCACAAUUCCUACUAGCCUAUCUACAAUGGCUAUUAUUUUUACAACAGCUAAAGCUAGUGAAAGUUCUACAACAUCACAAACCACAGCUUAUCCGGAGAGAAGUACUAUCUCUAAAACUUCAAAAGGUUUAACUACAGUUUUUAAAGACCUCACUACAACCAAAUAUCUGGCUACUACUGUUACAACACCGAAUCGAUCUACUCUGUUUACUACAUCAUCAGAAUAUCUGAGUAGCAGCACUCAAAAGACUACAACGAGUUCAACUACAAAAUUAACUACUCCCAAGACAAUUAGUACGUCAGAGUUAACUACACUCCUGAAUGCAAAAACUACUACAGUAUCAGAGCCAUCCUCAUCAGCUAUUUCUUCAAGUGAAACCACAAUUCCUACUAGUCCAUCUAUUAUGCCUAUUACUUCCACAACAGCAAAUCCUAGUGAGAGUCCUACUACAUCCAAACAUCUGGCUACUACUGCGAUGACACCAGUUAAAUCUACGUUGUUUACUACUCAAGAAACAUCUACAAAACCUAGUGAGAGUCCUACCACAUCCAAAUCUCGAACCACUGGUGAUACGCAGACAACUACUGAGACCACUGGAGUGUCAACUGCAGUAUCAAAAAGUAGUUCUUAUAAGACUACAGUGAGGACUAGUGUCACAACACCAUUAUCAUCGUCAGGUAGUACAACAACAACUGCUCCAUUUUCCGCUCAAAGUACAGUGCACAUGGAGAUAACCACAAGUACUGCUCCUGAAUCAAAAUCUACCAAACCUAAGUCCACAACGCCUCAAAGCACUAGCAACAGUGUUAAAUCCACAGAAGGUUCUGCCAGUACUGUAGCGCAAUCUACAUUAACUACAGCAAUGAAGACCUCGACCACACCCAAGCCUGCACUUACCAGCGAUCAAAGAACAAGCAGUGCUUCUGAAACCACAACAGAAACCUCUACAGUGACCACCAUAUCUUUGACAAAAUCAACUAGACAGCUAUCAACAACACCCGAAUAUGUCACUACCACUGAUCUAAGCAGUCCUACUACACCACCUCCCUCUGUAACCCAGUCAGUAGAAUCCACCACUAGUACUACCAAAAUAUCAACAACUGGAACAACUCCGGAUAAGAUGACAUUUUCUACUAAUUUGACAGAAUCUACUACAGCCAGAGCUAGUGAUCAUAGUACAAGUAGUACUUAUGAAACUACUAGAGUUUCAACAAUCACUCCAGUAAAAUCCACCCUCGCUAGUACAACCACAGAAUCAUGGAAGACCACAACACCAAAACAUCUGACCACUACUGUAACGACACCUACAAUUUCGUCUACUUUGACAGAUGCUACUACAAUAACGCCUAAACAAUAUUCGACGACAUCUGAGCUCAUUCCUACCAGCGACCAGUCAAGCAGUACAAGAUUUUCAACAACAAGUGUUCCAAUUUCAUCAACCUCAGUCAGAACUACUGAGACUUCAGAAGGCUCAACAACUCCUGAUGAAUCUACAACUUCUACUGUCUUGCCUGCAUCUAUUUCAACGACGUCUCCAUCUAGCACUGAAGAAACAACAAUGAGUUCAACUACAAAAAUAACUACUCCGAAGACAAUUAGUACAUCAGAGUUAACUACACUCCAAAGUACAACUAUAGAAACUACUACAGUAUCAGAACCAGCCUUAUCUUCUACUGUUUUCACUACUACAGUACCUCUGAGCACCACCAACAGUGGUUCUAGUACAGCUGAAACCACAGAAUCUACAUCCACUUCACAAACUCAAUCUACAACAGCCAGAACUUCGACAACAACUGGACAGAAUGAUCAUUCCACUAUAUCUGAAACUAAGGAAGUAUCUACUGAUGGCACUACAACCACAUUACCGCUAGAAUCAACUACAUCCAUGGAAUACACAUCUACAUCUGAAUCUCAGUCUACAAGUGGAUCAUCGAUUUCUGAAACCACAGCAACACCUCGGCGAACUUCAAUUCCUACAACUACGGUACCACUAAUAACCACUCAAAAACCUACAUCCGAUCAAAGUACAAGUAGUACUGUUGUGUCGAGUGGGACUACAAUUGGUUCAACUACUGCAACGAAGUUAGCUACUAAAACAAGGCCAUCGAGUAAGUCUACAGUACCUCCUGUGACUACUGUAACUGCAAAACGCUCGACUACACCGAAACCUCUACCUACCAAUGGUACCGCUGCAACGGUGACUACACCUGUCGAAUUGAAUACAUCCACACAAAUUGUUACCACCGUUAGCAGCACAGAAGAAUCUACCAUGAGCUCAUCAACUACUCCCAAGGAAAUUAGUACAACAGAGUCGACUACACCUAAAAGUACUACUGUAGAAAUUACUACCUCUACAGUACCCUUGGCAAGCACUAGUAGUAAGUAUCCGAACUCAACAUUCACCUUUAUUAAUUCUUCAUUAGCUCCGAGUACUGUAAUAACCACAAGACUACUUUCAUCCACAGCUACUAGUACCAUCUCUACAAGUGUGUCUACCAGUGCAGCAACAACUACGAUGGCCACUUCUAAACCACUUCCAACCUCUACAACAACGACAGAGCAAACUACAUCAGGGACUGUAUCAUCAAGUACUGUAUCACCGUCGACUUCAACCAGAACUUCAAAACUUUCGACACCUGUUCCAACCAGUGUUCCAAGCACUAGCAGCACUUUUAAAUCUACAACAGGUAUAACUACAGUAAUUACAUCGGUGCCUACAGUACCGCCGACCACUACAACUACCAGUAGCAAAACUACCACAGAUCAAAGUGCUAGUAGUACUGUAGUGCCGAGUAGUUUUACUACAAUUGGUUCAACUACUGUAACAACGAAGUUAGCUACGACAACAAAGCCUUCAAGUAAGUCUACAGUACCUCCAGUGACUACUGUAACUGCACAAACUACUUCUGCACCAACAACAAGAAUUGAUACAACAGCUCAAUCACGAUCUUCUGACACUACAACAAAUCCUUUUGAUCGAACUGAUUGCACACCAAAUCAGAAGUCUACAUUUUUCUUUGCGUAUUCCAAUGAUCUCACAGCAGAUCAAGUCUUGAAUACCUGUGAUAUUACUGAUUUGUUAUUGAGCACCCUUCCGGAUCCAGCAGAUUCGUUUAAAGACCCGUCAGAAGGUGGUGGAGUAUUGGAUAUGGUCUAUUCCUUUUUCUAUUCUGAAGUAAUCCAUUGUGGAGCAACUCUUUUUAUUAUUACAAAACGUCUUCCUACAGACGACUAUAUCUCUGACUUAGUAUCCAUGCUCAAAAAAUAUCGUGCUCAUGUCACAUUCGUUAUAUCUGAGAACUCAUUAGGUGGAUCGUUACAAGAACCAAUGUACAAAUUGGCAAGCGAAACUAACGGACUUUGUAUUUUCACCGAAGAUGAUAAGAUUCAAGAGACACCCUUUUGGCUGCCAUCCAUUUGGCCUUCAUACUUGGUGUAUUCAUACAAUGCAAAAGUUACAAAAUCUGGAAACGUCACUCUUCCAGUCUUUCAUGCUCCGUUGGUCGGAAAAUAUCACAUUUGCAUGACUCUACAGGACCAUGGACCCCUAGACACAUUUAAGAUGGUCCACUUAACUUGGUAUAAUGCAGGAUCAACGAAUUCGGGAUCUUUUGAAGAGACUGUUAAGUCACAUGCUGAUUAUGGAAACACUACGUAUAUCAAGAAAGGUCUUUUCACGUUGGAUUCGGUGCCUUAUAAUAUGACACUUGGAUUUGAGUACUCGAAAAGCAAAAUCAAUAUUCUUCAGAUCAGAAUAUAUACCACAGAAACCCCUCCGAUAGCUCCAGCUGAAAAUCCGCCAGAUCCAGUAUUCAAGUACUGCAAAAUAGUUUUAGUUGUCUCACUCGGUCUACUUACUCUAGGCCUUUUUGUAUUCCUUAUUAUAUUCUUUGUAGUUUUGAAACCCGCAGAUCAAAGUGCAAGUAGUACUGUAGUGCCGAGUAUAUCUACUAUCGGUUCAACUACUGCAACAAAGUUAGCUACGACAACAAAGCCAUCAAGUAAGUUAUAUGAUUCUUCAACAGUACCUCCAGUGACUACUGUAACUGCGAAAACUACUUCUACACAAACAACAAAAACUGAUACAACAACUCACUCACAUUCUUCUGACACUACAAUAAAUCCUUUCGACCAUACUGAUUGCACACCAAAUCAGAAGUCUACAUUUUUCUUUGCGUAUUCCAAUGAUCUCACAGCAGAUGAAGUUUUGAACACCUGUGAUAUUACUGAUUUGUUAUUGAGCACCCUUCCGGAUCCAGCAGAUUCGUUUAAAGACCCGUCAGAAGGUGGUGGAGUAUUGGAUAUGGUCUAUUCCUUUUUCUAUUCUGAAGUAAUCCAUUGUGGAGCAACUCUUUUUAUUAUUACAAAACGUCUUCCCACAGACGACUAUAUCUCUGACCAAAUAUCCUUGCUCAAAAAAUAUCAUGCUCAUAUCACAUUCGUUAUAUCUGAUAACUCAUUAGGUGGAUCGUUACAAGAACCAAUGUACAAAUUGGCAAGCGAAACUAACGGACUUUGUAUUUUUACGGAGGAUGAUAAGAUUCAAAAGACACUUAUUUGGCUUCCAUCCAUUUGGCCUUCUUACUUGGUGUAUUCAUUCAAUGCAAAGGUUACAAAAUCUGGAAACGUCACACUUCCAGUCUUUCAUGCUCCGUUGGUCGGAAAAUAUCACAUUUGCAUGACUCUACAGGACCAUGGACCCCUAGACACAUUUAAGAUGAUCCACUUCACUUGGUAUAAUGCAGGAUCAACAAACUCGGGAUCUCUUGAAGAGACUGUUAAGUCACAUGCUGAUUAUGGAAACACCACGUAUAUCAGCAAAGGUCCUUUCACAUUGGAUGCGGUGCCUUAUAAUAUGACACUUGGAUUUGAGUACUCAAAAAGCAAAACCAAUAUUCUUCAGAUCAGGAUAUACAGUGUUAGCGCCAUCGACUUCUGGGUACCAUACAACAGUUGA